AGUGAGUCCUCAAAAAUCUCAAAUCAUUCAUUGUAUCGUAUGUUCAGUUGGGGUUAAGUCAACGAAAACCUAUGUCAAAUAAUGGAUGAAAUGAGUGUGAUUCUACCUGACAAGGAUGUGAGCGAGAUGGAUUGUAAGCCUGUGAUUGGACACUAUACUGGUGCUGGAGAUGAAUUAGACGUUGAAGAUCUUUACACGAAAUAUAAGAAACUGCAAAGAAUGUUAGAAUUCCUUGAGGUCCAAGAGGAAUACAUUAAGGAUGAACAGCGUAAUUUAAAGAAAGAAUACUUGCAUGCCCAAGAGGAGGUAAAACGCAUACAAAGUGUACCUUUAGUUAUUGGACAAUUCUUGGAAGCUGUAGACCAGAAUACUGGCAUAGUAGGUUCUACCACAGGCUCUAAUUACUAUGUACGUAUUCUAUCUACAAUUGAUAGAGAGCUGUUGAAACCUUCAGCCAGUGUAGCUCUCCAUAAGCACAGCAAUGCUUUAGUAGAUGUUCUGCCACCAGAAGCUGAUUCAAGUAUCUCUAUGUUACAAGCAGACGAAAAACCUGAUAUACAAUACAGUGACAUUGGAGGUAUGGAUAUGCAGAAACAAGAGAUCAGGGAGGCUGUAGAACUACCUCUUACUCAUUUCGAACUGUACAAACAGAUUGGAAUUGACCCGCCGAGGGGCGUACUCAUGUAUGGUCCACCUGGGUGCGGUAAGACUAUGCUUGCAAAGGCUGUUGCUAGACACACUACAGCCGCGUUCAUUCGCGUAGUAGGCUCUGAGUUUGUACAGAAGUAUUUGGGCGAAGGACCGAGAAUGGUCAGAGACGUCUUCCGUUUAGCAAAAGAAAAUUCACCUGCUAUAAUUUUCAUCGAUGAAAUCGAUGCUAUAGCCACGAAAAGAUUCGAUGCUCAGACGGGCGCUGAUCGUGAAGUGCAGCGUAUUCUCUUGGAAUUGCUUAAUCAAAUGGACGGUUUCGAUCAAACGACUAAUGUUAAAGUUAUAAUGGCUACAAACAGAGCGGAUACAUUAGAUCCUGCUUUACUACGUCCAGGCAGAUUGGACCGAAAAAUCGAAUUUCCUUUGCCCGACCGUCGGCAGAAGCGUUUGAUUUUCUCAACGAUCACUGCGAAAAUGAACUUGAGCGAGGAAGUGGACUUGGAAGAUUACGUGGCGCGACCAGAUAGGAUCUCUGGAGCCGAUAUAAACGCAAUUUGUCAGGAAGCGGGAAUGCACGCGGUUCGCGAGAACCGUUAUAUCGUUCUAGCGAAAGAUUUUGAGAAAGGUUAUAAAAACAACAUUAAAAAAGAUGAAUCCGAGCACGAGUUCUACAAGUAAAAAAAGAAAGUGUGUUCCCGCACCGCGUAAUCAUAUUUUAUGGUUCCAUAUGUACUUGCAAAUUCAUGUAUUACUAUGAAUCUAAUUAUUAAUACACGUUUACACAAUCCUUUUGUGCGUGUGUGUGGUGUGUGUACAUGUAUGCACGCGAGCGCAUAUGCAUUUUUGUGGGUAUAGUAAGAGGUAAUGACCUAGUGUAAGAGUAAACGCGGUAAGGCCACAGAGAAGAUUUGAGUCCGACCGUCAUUUAUAAAUUAUGGAGUAUCGUGGAAAUUGAGGUUUUCACGGAUUAACGUCGUACAGGUAUUACCGUAUAGAUUUCAAGCGAUAGCUGAACAAUUAAAAUCUCUGAUGACUAUUAAAUCGAAACAAGGAGGAUACACGCCAGUAGUAAACUACAACUCGACAUGAAAGCGUGUAAAUCAGUGUGUAAUUUGAUCACUGACAAAGCUAAUUGUUGGGAUAAUUUUUACAAAAGGAUAAAGCUCACACUUGAAAACCUCAAGUCAUAAGAAAUAUCAUAAUCAUGUUAGCAAUGAACUGAUACCUCAUCCAGUGCUGUGUAAAACAUCCCUUUUCUCAAUUAGUUUCCCUUUCAGACCAAUUCUGUAAAUUUCUUUAAUGCUACACGAGGUUUACUAAUUCACUAUAUCACACUCAAGUAUACGUUUUAUGAUCAUUGGAAUUAAAUCGUACUUCCGUCUAUCUAGAGAACAUUAUUCAUUCUAGGUAUUAAUAAAGAUUAAACUGCGAAGUCAAGAA